AUGUCUGCGUCUUCUCGAGGUCCAUCCAGAAACACAAAUCAGAGAAGCAAAACCACGACACCACCAUUAGCUUCUCCUUCUACAAGCUCAGCCAGUGGAGUCCGAGCAAAACCAAGUGAUAAGCUCAACCCCAAAACUAUAGAUCCGUUUGCUGAGCCCCAGAGAUCUCCCUCAGCGUUUGCUGCCAUAUACUCUAAAGGAGGCAUUCCAUGCAGGCUGGUCCAUGGUUCUGUGAAGCACAAGCUACAUUGGGAGUGCCCUCCAGAAAUAAUACCUUUUGACCCACUGCUCAUCAACUUAGCUGAGGGUCUUCGAGAGACCAGACACCCUUAUACAUUCGUUUCACAAGAGGGAUUUAAGGAGUUAUUGAUGGUUCCCAAGGCUGCAGAAAAAGCCUUGCCCUUAUUACCCAAGCUGGCCGCUGCUUUGAAGACCGCCCUUGUACAUUCAGACGGUGCCGUGUUUGAACGAGGUUUGAAUGGCUUGGUACAGCUUAGUGCUGUUGUUGGACCAGCAUUAAACAUUCAUCUAAAGAAUCUGCUCACCAGUCUCUCCAAAAGGCUAAUGGACAAAAAAUAUAAAGAUUCAGUCACGACUUCCUUACAGAAAUUGGAGCAUUAUGGCGGGAAGGUAAUUUCUGAUAAUUCAUUAUAA